UGUAUAAAGUGGAGUCACGGUAAAAUCUCCAUCCAGCCAGAUGAGUUGAGCAAGUCACAUGCACACCCAGAAUGACACUGCUUUCUCCCACCUGGGUUGCAGACGGCUACAUGGAAAUCAGAUAGAUCCAGUCACGGCCAACAUUUAACUUUAAUCUGUGUUAAAACCAGCUUCAGGAUCCACCAGCCUUGAAGUCUGCCGUCCUCACUGGCCCGUGGAUUUCUUGUGUGACCAGAGCCUGGCCUGAGAGUGCUGUGCGGACCAGAGGAGGAGCGUCCGGCUUCUUCUGUGGCCCGUUGUCCCAGAAAAUUUCUGCCUGAGUCACAGGAUGGCGGCCAUGGUUCUGUCCCCCACUUGUGCUCAGUCGUCCGUGUACUCAGCCUCUCCUCAGGGAGGAUGCACAGAGGAGGAAGGGCUGGCAAAGGGCUUCCUGACAAGCUGGUUACCGGACUUGGUGACCUUCGAGGAUGUGGCCGUGGAGUUCACCCAGGAGGAGUGGGCCCUGCUGGACCCUUCUCAGAGAACACUGUACAGAGAUGUGAUGCGUGAGAACUGCAGGAACCUGGCCUCGCUCGGGUAUCAUGUUGAUAAACCCAGUCUGAUCUCCCAGUUAGAGCAAGAAGACAAAGUGAUGACAGAGGAGCGAGGAAUUCUUCCAGGCACCUGUCCAGGUUUGGAGACUGUACUUAAAGCCAAAUGGUUAACUCCUAAGAAGCAUCUUCUUAGAAAAGAACAUCCCAGUGGUAUUAAAGCGGAAAGAAAUCAUCUUGGAGUGAAAGUCAAUGAAUGUAAUCAGUGCUUUAAAGUCUUCAGCACAAAAUCUAACCUCACUCAGCACAAGAGAAUUCAUACUGGAGAAAAACCCUAUGACUGUAAUCAAUGUGGCAAAUCCUUCAGCAGUAGAUCCUACCUGACCAUUCAUAAGAGGAUACAUAAUGGGGAGAAGCCCUAUGAAUGCACUGACUGUGGAAAAGCCUUCAAUGAUCCCUCAUCCCUUAGACUGCAUGUGAGAAUUCACACUGGAGAAAAACCCUAUGAAUGUAAUCAGUGUUUUCACGUCUUCCGCACUAGUUGUAACCUCAAAAGCCACAAGAGAAUUCAUACAAGAGAGAAUCACCAUGAAUGUAAUCAAUGUGGCAAGGCCUUCAGCACAAGGUCCUCCCUCACUGGGCAUAAUAGUAUUCAUACAGGGGAGAAACCUUAUGAGUGCCAUGACUGUGGGAAAGCCUUUAGGAAGAGCUCAUAUCUGACACAGCAUAUGAGAACUCAUACUGGAGAAAAGCCCUAUGAGUGUGAUCAGUGUGGGAAAUCCUUCAGCAGUAGCUUUUCUCUUACUGUGCACAAGAGAAUUCACACUGGAGAGAAGCCCUAUGAAUGCAGUAACUGUGGGAAAGCAUUUAAUAAUCUCUCAGCUGUUAAGAAACACGUGAGGACUCACACUGGAGAGAAACCCUACGAAUGUAAUCAUUGCGGAAAAUCUUUCACCACUAACUCUUACCUUUCUGUGCACAAGAGAAUUCAUAAUAGGUGGAUAUGAGUACAAUAACUAGGAAAGCAUUCAUUGAUUUCUUAACCCUCAGACAACUGAUGGUAACUUACCAGAUGGGUGAGUUAUCUGUUGCUGCAUAACAAAUUUCCAUCCAAAACAUGGUGGCUUCAUACCACAUACAUUUAUUAUCUCACAGUUUCUGUAGGUCAGGAAUUUGGAAACAGCUUCGCUGUGUAGUCCUGGUCAGGGAUCUGUGUAGUCCUGGCCGAGGAUCAGUCAUGCGGUAAGGUCAAGAUGUCUGUUGGAGCCACCAUUGUCUGAGUCUUUACUGAUAAAGAAUCUACUUCCAGAAUGGCUCACUCGCAUGUCUAGCAAGUUAAUGCCAGUAGUUGGCUGGGAACUUCAUUACUUCACUCUCCAGAGGGCCAAGUAUUCAUGAUGUAGCAUCAGCUUCCUCCCAAAGCAUUUGAUCUACAGGAGAGCUAAUGCAGAAGCCACACUGUCUUUUGUGACCUAGCCUCAGAAGGAUAUAUUAUCACUUCUUGCACAAUGUAUUGUGUACACAGUGUGGGAAGAAACAACACAGUGUAUGAAUAUUAGGAGACACCAUAAGGAACCAUCUGGGAGGUCUGCCAUGAAAUCAGUGAAGAAAAGCCUUUAGCAGACUCUCAUUCUUUCAAUCUAUUGUAUAUGAAGUAGCCUUCGGUAACUCAUGUUAAUUCACUCUGGAGAGAAACCUCGUGAAUGCAGUCUUUGUGAUGAGCGUUCAGCUCAAACUCCGCCUCAUGUGCACAAAAAAUUAUGUAUGGAGAGAAACCUGAGGGAUGCAGUAGCUGUAGGAAAGCCUUCAGUGAUAUCUCCUGGGAGUCCUACAACAGUUCACACUAAGGGGAAAACUUUAUGAAUAUUCUCAGAAUGCAAAAGCCUUCAGCGACACUUAUCCCAUAGAGCACAUAAGAGAAUCACUACAGAGGAAUUCUCCUAACAGGAAUGUGGGAAACCCUUCAGCACAAGUGUUUGCAUUACUGAGCAAAAGAUGGAGAGAUAUUCCGAAUACAAUUACUGUGGGAAAGCCUAGAAUGCUCUCAGUUUUUAAGGGACAUGAGGAUUUAUUCUGGAGAGAAAUUGCUGUCGAAUGUCAUCAGUACUGGAAAGUCAUUUUUCCACAUUCCUUAGGAAACAGUUCACUGCAAAAACACUUGUGAAUAUAAAGACUGAGGGAAUGCCUUUAAUGAUACCUCUUACAUUAGGAAAAAUAGGAAGUUUUCUCUGGAUGCAAAACUUGCGAGUGUAUCAAUUUGGGAAAAAUCUUUCAGUGAUUCUUUGUUGGUUUGUGAGAACUCACAGUGGAGGGAAACCCUAGAUAAGUGGCGCCUCAGCUCUUUACUGAGUGGCCACAAAGUAAGUUAAACUGGGAAUGGAAAUUAUAAAUCUUGAGUGUGGGUUUACAUUGAUCAGUGUCUCAUCCUGAGAUCAGGCCACUAGUUCAUUAAUUUUCAGUCUUUUUGUUUUAGUAUAAACACAUCGAUAGCCAUAACCUAAAAUAAAUCUUAAAUUAUGUUCCAUAGUUUUGUAUGUAAUGUUUACUUUAAUUUACACUUUAAAAACAUCAGUACAUAGCAUAUCCAAAAAGGCAUUUCUGAAUAUCUCCUGAGUGAAUUAGUUUAUCAUUAGUGGCAAUUAGACUAUAUUUACUAUAUACUUUUUCUAGUUUAAUGGCUUUUUUGUCAGGUAAGUGGACUCUUUUUUAUCUUUCUCCUCUAGUGUGCCCAUUGUCCCCUGCUCAUUUACCUACAAAGUGUUUUUGCUGUUGUUCAAGUUGUCAAUGAGCAGGAUUAAAAAUAUGCAAUUUAUAAGGCUUCUCUGAAACCCAGAGAGGUAUUGCCUAGCUCUGCUGACCGUGAGGAGUCGGUAGAAGUCAGUGGGGAGAACGUCAUCUGGCUUGUUUCCCCUCCACACAUCCUGUUCAUCUUACCCUUCCUUUCUCUUGAAAGUCGACUCAAGGCCAAGAGUCGGAAGUGCUAUAUUUUGGUCAUAGUGACAAACACCAUAAUGCAGCAAACAAUCACAAUGAUAGCCCCCCCCCCCCAAACCUCUGAUUGGCGGUAUCCGCUCUGGACUGCUUGUGUCCAGACUACUCCUUACAUGAUUAAGAGUAACCUCUAACUGAUUGAAGCCAAAGUCACUUUUUUUUUUUUUUUUUGGGUUUGUUUUUAAGGUGGUGUUCUGUUCAUGUCCAGCUGAAUGCAAUAUCUAACUAGUAAACCUAUUAGUUGGUCCCAUUUUAUAAGUGUUCCAUGUUUCUUUGAAAAUAAUGUAUAUUCUCUAAGUUUUACAUGUAGACUAUGUGCCCAUUAACUCAAGCUGAUUGUAUUUUCAGAUAUAAUAUGUACAUUCAGAUUUUUGUCCUCAAACUUACUUAG